AUGGAAAACUCAACACAGGUUGUGUCAUUUGUGUUGACUAUGUAUGGGAACAUAGGAAACUUCAAGUACCUGUAUUUUAUUCUGGCAAUGCUGGUUUACAUAUUAGUCAUUUUUGUCAAUGCAGUUGUAAUUGUCAUUAUUUAUGUGGACAUAAAUCUGCAUGAACCCAUGUAUCUAAUCCUCUGUGGUUUGCUGGCUAAUGAAAUAUAUGGUAGUACAAGUUUGCUGCCUUGUUUAAUGGCACAAAUAUUAACUGACACACAUGAAAUUUCUGUCUCUUACUGUUUCAUACAAAUAUUUUGUAUUCAUACGUAUGGAGGUAUUGAAUAUGCAAUUUUAACAGUCAUGGCUUAUGACAGAUAUGUGUGUAUCUGUAAGCCUUUACAUUAUAAUGUGAUCAUAACCAAAAGAAAAAUACAACAAGUUAUUCUAGCUGUCUGCAUAUAUGUUUUUGUGGAAGUUGGAGUUUUGUUGUCUUUCACCAUUCGUUUAAAACUUUGUGGAAAUAUUAUCAACAGAGUUUGUUGUAGCAACCAUCUUGUAGCCCAACUUUCUUGUUCAUCACACAGAGAAAUGUCACAUAUUCAUGAUCUAGUGUUUGGCCUUGUUUUCACUGUUGCUGUCCCUACAAGUCCCUACACACUGGCUGUGUGUUUAAAUUCUUCUAAAGACACCAAACAAAAAGCUCUCAGUACCUGCACUCCACAUCUUGUUGCACUUCUCAACUUUGGUUUUGGCAGUUUUUAUGAGUUUAUUACUCAGAGAUUUGAUAUGACUUUUGUUCCAUAUCCACUGCGUGUGAUUUCAUCUAUAUACCUCUGUAUUUGCCAACCUCUACUAAGUCCCAUCAUAUAUGGUCUCAAACUGUCAAAAAUUAGACAUGCUUGUAAAAACUGUUUGACAUCAAAAAUUAUGUAA